UGAGAAGUUGGUUUAGUUAAAAUCUGAAUGGGUAAAAUUACCGGAAAUUCACAAAUUACUUACGUUGAGCUGCGUUAUUGUCCUGUGUUUUGUUUACUAAUGGAUACCACCGACCAAACUAUGGAGGAUGAUCUAAAUAAGCUGUCGGCAAGUGUGAUUUCGAAUUUAGACAAAAUCAAUUCCAUUCUUUGCACCGGUCGCUUGGAUUCUAAGUUGCUAUCACACUCGAGCUUGCCCGAUCAGUUGCUUGCUAUGUCACAACAGGAAUGGAUCCCGAGUUCGGAUGCACGUUCGGUUGAUUCCAGCGAUCGUCUUCAAGCGGAAGAUGUUGAUGCCAUUUUCAACAAAAUUCGACAUCGCUCUUCAAAUGUCGGAUCAGCUCGCCAGAAUCGAAACCAGGCCACGAAAAAGGCUAUCCCUUUGCAACAAUCUCGCAUUUUGAACGAAACUAAUCUGGCAAAUAGCCAGUCUGGAUCGCUAACUGAUCUGAGUGAUGGUGCUGGGAAAAUGAAGGGCAUCGACGUCGAAACGCUCGUAAAAUCUUUGAAACAAUCCGCUGCCCUGUUGAGUUGCAUCGAAAACCGAUCUUUAGAACAAAUCGAUUUCGAACGAGUGGAACGUUUCAACAAACGAGAAUGUGCAAAAGUUUGCGAUAUUAUCCAUCAAAUCGACGUAAUGGUGCAAGAUUUUCAAAAGUUCGUCACGAGCGAACGCGAUUCAGACAAUGAAAAGAAAGAGUUACUUUCCGAGCGAAUCGUCGGAUUAUUAAGAGAUCUGUCGGAGACAAUGUCGCAGGUAAUAUUUAUUAAGAACAACGAAUAUGUUCCGGAUAUGAGCCGAUCCUUCGAUUUGGACUCUUUCCCAUUGGCUGAAUGUCUCGAUGAUGUGACUGAGAAUAUUCGGCAGAAAAAACUAUACCAAUAA